AUGCAGUCUAUUGAUGAAAAGCCAAAAUCUACAACCGCUCGCAAUCCCAUCUCACUCCGCCUCUACAAUGUACUUAGAACAAACUAUGACGAUCCGUCAAUAAGGGAUGCACUUGAAACUCUCUCCGAUCUAUACAAGCCUCCCGACUCUACUAAAGGCAAGGAUGUAGACGCUGAAGACAAGGAACAAGCUUCAUAUGACGCUGAGGCAAAACUUGCUACGCGACAUGUCCCAUCUAGCUCCGGGACAGCUGUCCGUGCACGCAAGAGUCUACGUCGCGAUGCAGAACUCAAGCUUGCUCAAGGAAGUCGUCAGUUUGUUCGUGCAUUUCAAGAAGUGGACAAACACCUGGAUGUUCUCCAAGAACAUAUCGACGCGAUGCGAGUACGUUGUGGCGAAGCGCAACAGCAGUUACACUCCACAAAUGAAUCAUGCAGGUCUUUACUCGAACGAGCUGGUGGCUUGCGUUCUGCUCGGAAUGCUAUAAAUGAACAGAAGAUGGCCGUCGACAGCUUUCUCGCCCACUUCACUCUCACAGAAGAAGAAGCCGAUUCGCUCCGUUCCAGAGACAUCCAUAUCGACAGCAAGUUCUUUCGCACGAUGCGUAAAGCAGAACGGAUCAUCGAUGAUUCCCGCGUUCUUAUGAGCGGGGAAGAUGGUGCUACCAAAGCAGGCGUCGAGAUAAUCGCUGCAACUUCCCGACAACUAGAAGAAGGCUACGACAAGCUCGCACGCUGGUGUUCCCUCGAGUUCCGUCAAUUUGUUAGAGACGCCCUUCUCGAAGUAACUCCGUUAAUGGUAGAGGCGAUUAGAUGGCUCAGAAAGAAACCCGAGCUCUUGAGCGAAGUCCUCUCAAUCCUCUCCCAAACCCGUCAAUCAACCCUCCUCAACAGCUUCACCGAUGCACUCACGCGAGGCGGUCCAGGAGGCGGUAAAGGAGGCGGCCUCCCCCGACCUAUCGAGAUCCACGCACACGACCCGCUUCGCUACGUCGGUGACAUGCUCGCAUGGGUUCACCAAAGUAUCGCUGGAGAACGUGAGUUCCUGGAGGGGCUGUUCGGCGUGAAGGGAGAUCGAAGGAUGGUUGGGAGUGUUAGGAAGUUUGAAGAUAGUGAGGAGGAGGGGUGGAUAGCGGAGUUGAUGGAUAGGGCUUUUGAGAAGCUUAGGUUUCCAUUAAAGGUCAAGAGCUGCAUCGCGUCGUACAGAGUCGCCAACUUGCUUAUUUUCUAUAACCUCACUAUGCGACGGACCAUCGGAGAGAAAGCAGGCUUGUCAGAUACACUUAACGAGAUAACAGAUGAAGCCUAUAAAGUCUUCAUGGACACAGUCGAAGCACAAGCACGUAGUCUCGCACGUACACUCCUCCCAGACGACCAAGACACCCAACCCCCAAUCUCCCUCCUCGACCACACUCAAGUCCUCCGCGAACUAAUGAACGUAUAUAAGUCCUCUCUCAUGGGUGAUGAGUCUCCGGACGAGCUCCGGGAGGGUUUUAAAGGGAUAUUAGACGUGAUGGUGGAUGCUGCUGUGAAUAUGUGUUUGAGUGUUUCGGAUGCUAGGAAAGAAGGGAAGGGAAGGGUAGAGUGGGAUGGAGAUGUUUUCGUGUUGAAUUGUUUGGCGCAUUUGAUUGGUGUUAUCCGACCGUUUACGUUCACAGACUACAAAGUCGAGGAACUGCAGAAGGAUAUCGACGCACGGGCAGAACUCCUUAUCGAAGACCACUACACCACAAUCCUACACGACACCUCCCUCUACCCCUCCAUCUCCCUCCUCACGUCCCGAAAUACAAAAGACUCCUCCUCAGAAGAAGAACCCACCUUCGAACCCCUCUCCCACGCUCCCCCAACCUCACCCCAAAACCUCACCCUCUCCCUCCGCGCAUUCUCAACCUGGCUCUCCUCACCCGACCAAGUCCUCCACCCCCCUCGCCUCUCUCACCUCCUCAACCAACACCUCGCAUCUCACAUCCACCACUCUGCUUUACGUAAACUCGUUAGUGCGUAUGAGUUAUUGUGUAGUGAGGUUAGGAGGCCGGAGAAUAGGUACGAGGCUGCGAAUACGAUCCUCGGAGCGCAGAGGCCUUUUGGGAGUUUGGUUGCGCUGAGACAGGUUUUAGGUGUUGAGGAGGAGGAUAAUGAUAAAGAUGAUGGAAGGGAGUAG